UGUUACGCAUGCGCAGAGCUGACUGCGGCUCGUCAAACAUGAGUACAGCGGGCCGGAGGUCCUAACUAAUCCGAGAAAACAUUGUAUUUUCAUGCUCCCUUCACUACCACCGCAUAUAAAGUGUAGGUGAAGCGCUGACAUCUUCAUGGGCGACAUGAGCCAGUCUUCUAGCAGAGUCAAACUCAACCGAGUCGCCCUGAAGGACGUGGUUGGAGUCAAAGUAGCCCCACGGCGGAGGAAAGUCCCGAACUCAAGGACAGACACCCCGAAGGAGGAAGACUCGUCCAUGUUGGAAGACUCGGGAUGGAAUAAACCCCCCCGGGGUGUUUUAUCACACAGGAAGACCGCGGAAAACGGGCGGGCCACUUCCACGAGGCAGGAGAAGCGCGUAGGUAUGCAUGUGGAGGCUGUUCAACCACACCCAAAGGAGCGCCGCCUACAGACGGGCCCCAAAACCACCAACAUGCCCCGCAAGACUAAAGUAAUUGUCGCUGCGCCGCUAGCCUCGAGGAAAUCCUCGAAACGGCGCGAUCUUAGUAAUGGUAGAAGUGUUAGCGGCGCUCGAGGCAGAGAGGAGCCACGCGCGAGGAAGGCCAAGUCCGCGCGCCGUCUCCUUCCGCCCGCCUCUGCGGCGCCGAGGCCGCCGCCAUCAAACAAUAACAGGACAAACUCUCCUGGACCUGCAGAGUUUGAAAGUUCUGUUAGGAGAUCCAAUGGCUCCUUUGACGCUGUUUGCCAGGAGUUCAAGCACCCCCCCCUUCCAUGGAGGAGUGAUUCUAAACGAGGAGGGAAGCGUUUGAGCUCUGACCUGGUUCAGGGUCAGCCCAAAAGUAAAAAGACAACUGCAGAUGGAUCUAAGGAGACGAAGUUGUGGAUGAAUCCCACUGUGGUUCUGUGUGACAUAGCUAAAGGUUGCAGCGCCUGUAGACACGGAUGUGGCCUCAUCUUACCCAAAGGUCUCAUGAACAAAGCCAUGCGCUGCUUCAAGCAAGCCGUGUUAACUGGACAACAGUUUUGGCCCGGUCGUGAAUUUCUUAAUCAACAGAGUCGCAGAGACCAGACAGAACUGUAUGGAGCACAGGUUCCACCAGAACCUGUUUGUGAGGAAAACCAGGAUGAGUCCUUCACCUGCCAGAGAGUCAGUAUGUACACCAGGAAGGUACCAUAUUCAUGCGCUCGCACCAACAUCCCCUGGCCAUUCGGGAAAGGUCACCUAAGUUCUCAUGGAGCUGUAGCCUCCUCUUCUUUGGAGGGUGGCGAUUUAUCACCGAGUAACUCUGUGACCGAGCACCCAAACCAGGCGGGUUCUCCGUCCUCCUUUACUUCAGGUAACCUGGACUCUUCUCAUUCUAGUCAAUCAACUCCCCCAUUUCCUCAAGACGAAGACCAGAUCGACAAGAGUCUUCCAGGAAAACCGCUUUCAAAUGAAAACUGGAUCCACCUCAAGAGCUUGUUUCUGUGUGGCUUCCUAAAGGCAGGCUACAUGAAAACAGACACCAACCAGUUCAUCCUGCCUACGCUUCUCUCUCCGGUCGCCUCGCCACAUAACCCUGAUCAAAACUCAAGCAGCUCUGAUGAAGAGGAGCAAACGAAGGACCAGCAGUCAUCUCCUGAACGUCACAGGCUGCAAAACCGAACCGAAGGAGGUUUCAGCUGCAGCCCCUGUCCAGGAAAAGCCAAGGCCUCCCUCUGGAACGAUGAAGAUGAGCCUGAAGGUAAGGAGGAUGAAUGUGAUGAACAUGAGCAGGCUGUGGGACUCGCGGGGGAAGAUGCCUCCCAUUCUAAAACAAAGAGUCCAGCAGAGAGCCCCAGCUCACCUGUUCAGACCGACACUCCGCCCCGCAGCGGCAAGGAGGAUCUGCCCGUUCUGGACGAAAUCACGGCGUAUGAACAUGAUAUCCUGCUGGUAGAUGUGAUUCAGAACGACCUUGAGCUGUUUGUGGAGCCCCCCAAAAAGAGUCUGCUUAGGCUGGGUCCCGCGCGGGGAUCUAAGGCCCCUAAUAAGACGGCUCCAGCUGCUGUGAGGGUGUCAUUUGCAGUGGGCGGAGCCCCAGGUAAAAUGGCUCAAAGCCUGACCUCUGAGAAGAAGGAUUUCUGCUGCGAUGGUCAGGACGCUGCAGCAGAGAGUGACAGCAGACCAUGGAGACCUCGUUGCAGCAGCACCACCCUGCCCAGCCUGCAGAACGCAAGCUCCGCCCCAGACGAGCACAGCAAACAUGUGGCUCAGUGUGAUACCAACAACAACCAUGUGGACAGCGUCUUUAAAAGGAUUCAGCCCAUCCAGACGGUCAGCUCUUCUCUUCUGUCUGCAGGAACCGAUCCCUGGAUUAAAAAUGCGCUCGGCGGGUCAGAGUUCCGGCGCCAGAAGUCCAAUUCUUACUGCAGACAGUAUUUCAGUGAGUCGCUGACCUGCGGGUUCAAGAUGUGUCGCUUCCAGCAUCUUCCUGUGGAGGGGGACGAGAAGUUCUGCGUUGAAACUGUAAUGAGGUUCAUGAAGAACCCAGCGUGCCUGCAGAAAGCUGGAGUUGUUUUUACCGGGUACUACACCAGCAGCCCCCCCGGGGUGUACUUCUCCAUGCCGCUGCUCCGGUCCCUCCUCUGGGCUCUGCUGAAAGCCGGGAUGGUGUCUGACGUCUUCUCCGUCCUGCGGGUCACUUUGACCCACCCACCCACGAGUUCCUGCUCGACCUUUUCAAAUUUGUGCGGGAAAAGUCUCUCACUGGCUUUGUUCCUGAGCUCUUGAAGCUCACGUUUAAGAUGGCGAGCGUUGGUCUGGAUCUCAGCUUGGAUUGCCUGGACUGUGUGAAGAACAUGCCUCUGUUCCAGCAGACAGUUGCUGCAGCCUCUCCACACCAGAAGCUAUCUCCUAGCACACCGAUACCGGACUACCUGAACUUGGCUCACGCCGUUGUUGAAGUCGAGCUGUGCACCAAACAGGAGGACUGGAAGCGCAUGGGGAAAGUCUUUUGCUCCAUUUGCCAGUCCAGCUAUCACCCCAACCAGGUGGAGAGCAUCAGCGGCCGCAUCGCCAUCGCGCUCCUGUCUGAGAGCAAAGACAAGCUGUCGCUGCCGUUCGCUGCCUUUGUGGAAACAGUGUUCCAGAGUGAAGGGGAGGGCAGCCUGGUGAGGAUCUUUGUUGGCAGGAUUGGAGUCUCUUUGAUGUUGAGAUACCAUAAAACUCACCAGUGGUUGAAGGGCCGCGCCGUGGUGGAGAUCCUGUCCCUCUGGAAGGUCGGCUACACCACCAUGAAGGGUCUGUUCGGGAACGAGGACUGCGCGUCACGCUGCAGGCUGGUCACCGUGGCGACAGAGCUUUUCCUGCUGAGCGGCAGCGUGGAGGGGGCCCUAAACACGCUCCGGGAGAAUGCCUGGUUCCUGAGCUCCUGCUCAUGGCCGUGUGACCCUGCAGACCUGGAGAACCGGGCUCGCGUUCUGAAACACCUGGCUGAGAAGACCUCUCAGAGAGAGACGCUGGAGAUCCUGCGAAACAUGCCAGACGUCUCAAAGUGCACGUCUAUGUUCAACUCUCACCUCCAAGCUUGCGUGGACAGACAGAUCCUCCCCGUCGCCUCAGACACGGUGGACUUCAUGCUGUCUAAAAAGCUUGCAGUCGACCACACGCUGCUGCAGACUCUGUUGCACAAGCUGGGGAAGCAGAACCUCUGGCUCCGAGCACGGGAAGUCUUCAGGCACUCCCUGAAAGCGGGGCUCUACCCCGGGGUGUCCGCCCCGCCGGAGGUCAUGACGCUGGUCAUCCCCUGUGGGCUCGGGGAGGUGGAGCAGGUCCUCGCGCUGGAGAUGUUCAUCACCGUCAACUCCUCGCUCAUCCUGCAUCUUCCUGACUCCUCCCCCUCCACUCUCAGCAUCACCCUCACAAGGAGUGACAUCAGUGAGAGCGACUACCUGUCCGCAGGGAGCCGCCUCCUCACAGCAGCUUGUGUCCCGCAGCCCAAACUCACCGUCCACUACACCGCCGUUAACUCCUCCCAGGAGCAAGUGUUCAAGCUGGACAUCCCCUCCGCUCGCCGCUGGCUCCGUCACAAUCAUUCAUGGGCCAGUGAGGUGUGGGGGCGCUGAAAAUGGGACCUCCCCCAAAACGUUUCAGGUUUGGAAAACUCAAACACCAUGGAUGAAAUCAGGGACUCUCCAUCCGUUCUGCUGCUCCCCCUUUUCAAUCCUAGUCGUAUUUCUCCAGGACCCAGAAUAAAGCAGAUCUCUGUUCAUCUCUCUGUUCACACUUCAAAUCGGUUUGGAUUUGGUUUGGUGUUGCCCGUCUCAGUAUUUCCAUCCUACAUUGAUUGUAUUCAGAGUGCAGCAGCGUCACAGUGGAGGCUCGCUGUCACAGUUCACUGUAAAUAGAUUUCGAUAAAUACAUUUCCGUUGCUGGUUUUUCAUUGGUUUGUUCCAAAACUGGCUCUUAGGUUUUUCAUUUCUAUGAUGUUUUUUACUCAAGAAAUAAAAGCAAAAAAUCUAAUUUCUAUGUCCUGUUCUAUUUUGUGAAUACAUUAUCUUAAACACUAUAAUAAAUCUACACCAGGAA